AUGAAAAUGUUUAGUCAGCUUUACUUAAAAAAAUUAUCUUCCUUGAUUCUUUAUUUCUUAAAAAAAUGUAGGGAAUCUGCAGAUGAGAUGCGAGAUAGUAUGAUCGCGGCCUAUAACUUGUCACGCACCAUCAACAGGAGUCUUAAAGGUUAUGACCGGAAAGUUAGGCCAAACGCAGGAGGUCCGCCAGUUAUUGUGAAGAUUGAAUUCAAAGUUAUUUCUUUUGGAGAGAUCAAGGAGGCUAAUAUGGUAUGGCAGUCUACCUGGUUUAAAACCUGUGGAAAUUACUUAAAGGAAUUGCUUAAAGCAUAACAUAGCUGAUUUUGUCGGUGAUUCAAGAAAAGAAGUCUAGGUUUUAGCCAUUUAGUAGCAUGAGCCAAUGCCUCUUUUUCUUCCUUAGAAUAUAUUUGGCGACAACAAUUAUGUACAUGUAUUGAAGUGGGAGUCGGCAAGUACUCUGCUAUGUUUGAGUCAGUUGUCGCUCAAUCCUGGUGACCUGUGACCUGAGAUUUGACAUUUAUUAUUAGAAAGUCCUGAAAUUGAAAAGAAAAUGACAAACUAGAGUGAAAAUUAAACGUUUUGCUAAUUUUUGUGGUAUUUAAAGUGCUAACUAACUUUGUAACAUUACAAGUUAUUGCUUGAUAUAACAACAACAACAACAAUUAUUUAUUUGCAUGAUUAUUGCAAAAUGAUAGGGACUAUUAACAAGGAAAAAAAUCUAUGUCUGACAUUUCUAAGAGCUGGAAAUUUCGGACAGUGGAAGAGAAAGUGAAUUUCAUCUUCAGUUUGGUUUGAAUCACAGACUGGUCAAAAUCGUUUGUCCUGAGAAGUGUGGUCAUAUCUUCUGGUUUCGAUCAUUACUUUGUGAUAGAUUAAGCGUAAUCUUAAAGUUUUUCUAUCAAAGUUGUUUUUUUCAGAACUGAUGGCCGUAUUUGGUUUUGUUAUGACGUCAUAUUUCAUAACCAUAAUCGCAAUAAAUUAUCAUCAAAAGUUGUUGAAAUGUUUCUUAGAAGUGAAUGAACAAUUUAAAAGAAUAGAUUGUACAAAAGCAUAUUCAAUAAACACUGAAAGAAAAAAACCUUAAAGAUGAUGUCUGUCAUAAUCUUCGAUCUUUAUUUAAACAACGCAGCCAACAAAUCGUUGCGAUCCGCACGACAGGGCUAAUGUCACCUGUCCAGUCUUGGUCUGUGUAAAGUUUCUGCUAAGUUUUGCAGACUGGAGGGACAGCAUAAAGUUUUUAAUGUCUGAAUUUUUUUUUGUCAUAUAGCAUCUUAACAUCUUACCUUUUUUCUCAAAGGAAUACUCAAUGGAUAUUUUUAUGCGUCAGUGGUGGAAUGAUCCGAGAUUUAAAAACAACUACAGCCAACCAUUCAACAUGGCAGCUGAUCCUACCGAACUUUUUUGGACUCCAGAUACGUACUUCUGGAACGUUAAGGAUGCUAAAUACCAUUUUGUAACCAGAGAAAACAUGAGAGUGAAAAUAUCUCCUGACGGAGAGAUUUAUUACAGCACGAGGUAAAUGAAAGAACUGAACAGAAGCUGGGUGAGAGCUCGGUCCAAAAUAAUAAUUAUAAUAAUAGUAAUAAUAAUACUUUAUUUAUCUUCUCCCAUUAUGGGUCUUUUCAGGGAUAAUGAAACAAAUAAUUCAAAUAGAACAUUAAAUGGUUAAAAAUCCCAACUAGAACGAGGUGAAAUAGUUGUCUAUUUUACAAGCGUGCAUGGCCUAGAAUUUGAAACCGGGACUAACGAGAACAAAUCCAACAAGAGGUCAGGGCGGGAAUUGAACUUGGGGCCUCCGAAUUACUAGUCCAGCGCCCUAACCGCUCAGCAACGCUGUCUUCGUGCUUCGCUAUAAAAUGUCACUUAUUUUCAAAAUUCAAAUUAAUCGACUCCCUUAAAGAGGUCAAACUAUUUGUAUGAAUUCAAGGGAAGAUUGUUUUAUUUUUAUAAUUUUUGGUGAGUUAUUAGCUGGCGCGAGAUUUAUACAGGCUGUUUAUACUGAGCUAAGUUGUAUAAUCAUGUCCAAGGCGAUGAUAACAAAAAAAGUGCAUGAUUGAAGAGCAACAGUGGAUACUCAUAGCACAGUGGUGAAUCAUUAUAAAUUUAUGCUAUAUAAACACCUCCCAAGAUUUGGUCUUUAAAUUAAUUUUUGCUAUUGCUAAAAAACAUUCAAAAGCAAAUUAACAUAGAAAAGACUAAAGUUUGUAAAGGUUCAGCUGUUUUAUUUUUCAGAAUAACCCUUACUGCUCAAUGUGACAUGAACUUGCGACUUUACCCAAUGGACACACAGUAUUGUCCGCUUAUCAUAGAAAGUUGUAAGUAUAAAUGCAUGUUACUUACUUACUUGCUCGACAAUUGAGAUAUUGUGAAUCCUAUACCAGUAUUAAUACAUGUGAAUGAUAGUAGAAAUAAAAAUUGAAAAAAAAAAUACUAUUUUUCUUUCUUAUAUCGCAAGGAGAUUUUGUAUCCAGACAAUUUGAUUUUAACCUUGUUUCAGUUUAUUUAUUGAACUUCUCUCUACUCUUUGACAGAUGCCUACACGACCGCUGACGUGGAUUACCGCUGGAAAGGAGGAGACGACCAAGGGAUAGAGAUCGUAUCCGCUGAAAUGGCGCAAUUUGAUCUCGUAGGUGUAAGCACCCGCACUAAAGCUCAGACGAACAGUAAAGGUAUGAACCAGAAAAAUAUUAUUCUGUACUUAUAUCAAGGCUGCGCUGUACUGACCUUUCAGCAAAUGCUGAUGGAACAGCGGACAGAUUCUUUUAAUUUCGUGUUCAAGCGGACUUACCAGGUCUAGGAACGUUUCAUUUCUAGCCUUCUACUGGUACUAUUUAAAUAUUGAUCCUUCUUCUAAAUACAUGAGAAAAUUUAGAUUGCAAUUUUAACAUCGAUGAGCCACGACGAACACUGUAAUUACUUCCUCAGGAAAAUUACAUUUUUUUCGUAUUUCUAAUUUUAUCAAGUCAGUUCUAGAUGAAUUUUAAACGCGGUCGGGAGGACUCUUCAACACAACAUUUCAAAACUGAGCAAGGUCCAAAAAUUAUCUUUCAUAAGUGUCUCUUUGGUUUGAUUUUUUUAAAGGCUCAUUUGCAAGUUUGACGGCAGUAUUUUCAUUCCGCCGACGUACGGAAAGUUUCAUCUCGUCCAUCUUCGUCCCUUCUAUAGUCCUUGUCGUCCUCUCGUGGUGUUGUUUUUACAUCUCUCCUGCUGCAGUUCCGGCAAGGGUUGCUCUUAGCAUUACCACUAUAUUAACCUCAAUUCUGCUCAAGGGUAAUGUUAAUAGGGAUAUGCCAAAAGUCAGCUACAUGAAGGCAGUGGACUAUUUCAUGCUUACCUCCUUUGGUUUCAUUUUUACUGCUUUGAUUGAGUAUAUCAUAGUGCUAAACAGUGACCCAGUAUUGCCUUCAUGGUGCAAAAGGAGACAGAAAACGGACGAGAAACACAAAUUUACCGUGGUAAGUGAGGUAAGUGAAGAAAACAGUGGCUUAAAAAAAAAAGAAAGGGAACAUGGAGAGAACAUGGUGUAAUAUGCUGGGUUGGAUCUUGGGCUCUUGCCAAAUUUAUCUUUCCCACCUCAAUCACUCUCCAUUAAGAUCAGGCUCUUGAGGAAUUUGUCACCUAUCAAAUUAACGUUGCCCCCACACUUAAAUUACGCAAGGAAGGGUCACAUUUCAAAGUCAAACUGAAAAAAAUGAAUCACAAAAACUGUGGCUCUAUUAGUGUCCCUAAAAAUUGGAGACAAUUUAAUUUCCAGAUCGAAUUGAAAUUUGAAAUGUUAAGUUUUGACGAAAGGGAAAAACGAAGGAGGAAAACCAAGAACAACAAUUUCAAUCUCAACCCACAACUGGCCUCGAUGUCAAGACUCAAAUUCAUCGAUCAAGCCACAUUGGCGGGAGGCGAGUGUUUCUUACCACUGCGCCAUCCGAAAAUUGCUCGGUCCCCGGAGUUUCCUCAGCUCGUUAGUUGUUUCCGAAGCCUAACACGAGUCCAACAGCUUCCGACAGAGGUUUUUAAACCUCACUCUUGUCAAACUCACUAAGAAAUAGGUCUCCAAAAGUGGCAAUGUGGUUUCUCACUGGGCUUAGGCCGACAAAACCGGGUCUUUGAACAGACUUGACUUGGAUUUGAAUUGGGUGAAUGAAUACCUUGAGCUUGAUAUCAAUCUUAUUGCUAUCGUAGGUCCAAGGCGAAGACAGUGUUGAUCUUGUUGUCCAGGUAAUGGAUGAAGGCGCAUGUAGGAUCCGUAGCAACAAGGGGAACUUCAAGCUGAAACCAGAAAUUAAGAAGGAAUCUACAUCAACAGAUCAAGACAAACCUAAAACCAUACCGAAGGUUCAUUGGAUUGACCGCAUAUCAAGAUUUGCGUUUCCUAUUUUGUACGUACUUUUCCUUGUCUCUUACACCUUAUAUUAUGGGCUGCUGAGGGACGCUAGUAAAGAAAACGUGCCUGAAGAAUAA